AUGUGUAUAAGAGACAGGUUGGGACUUGAUCUGAGACUAGCGAACUUGUUGGGACUUGAUCUGAGACUAGUGGACUUGGUGGGACUUGAUCUGAGACUAGUGGAGUUGGUGGGACUUGAUCUGAGACUAGUGGACUUGUUGGGACUUGAUCUGAGACUAGUGGACCUGUUGGGACUUGAUCAGAGACUAGCGGACUUGUUGGGACUUGAUCUGAGACUAGCGGACUUGCUGGGACUUGAUCUUAGACUAGUGGACUUUGUGGGACUUGAUCUGAGACUAGUGGACUUGUUGGGACUUGAUCUGAGUCUAGCGGACUUGGUGGGACUUGAUCUGAGACUAGCGGACUUGGUGGGACUCGAUCUGAGACUAGUGGACUUGAUGGGACUUGAUCUGAGACUAGUGGACUUGAUGGGACUUGAUCUGAGACUAGCGGACUUGUUGGGACCUGAUCGGAGACUAGCGGACUUGGUGGGACUUGAUCUGAGACUAGCGUACUUGGUGAGACUUGAUCUGUGA